CCCUUGACUCUUCUGCUCGCCUGCAGCCUUGCACUUUACACAUGCUCCCUGGGCUGGGGCGGGGAAAGGAGGUCCAGCCGCGUGUGUGUAGUGCACUUAUCGGCGGGGAGGCGCCUACAUCGCUUGCGCAUGCGUAAGUGGCUGUUCGGCAAACCCGCUCUCCCCGGCGGCAGUCCCCGCGGCUGGCUGCCGAUGUGGGGGAGGGCGGGCUCAGUAUUUAAAGGGGCCGCCGCCCCAAUGGGGAGAGGGUGAUGGCCUGCAGGGUGAAAGAUGAGUACCAGCGGCAUUACACGGUCACGGAGCCGAGGAGCCACCCCAAGGGCUACACCGAGUAUAAAGUGACAGCCAAGUUUGUUUCCAAGACGAAACCGGAGGAUGUCAAGGAGAUCACGGUCUGGAAACGGUACAGUGACUUCAAGAAGCUGCAUGGGGACCUGUCCUACAUCCACCGCAACCUCUUCCGGCGCAUGGAGGAGUUCCCCGCCUUCCCCAAAGCCCAGGUCUUUGGCCGCUUUGAGCCCGAGGUGAUCGAGGAGCGCAGGAAAGCAGCUGAGGCCAUGCUGAGGUUCACGGUGCAUAUUCCUGCGCUGAACAACAGCCCCCAGCUCAAGGAGUUCUUCAGGGGAGGAGAGGUAAAGAGGCCCCUGGAGGCCUGUGACCUACGCAUCCUGCCACCCCCUCUGAUCCCAGUGCCACAGGAGGGCACAGAUGCGGGGGAUGAUGCUCGGAGAUCUGUGGCAGAGCUGGGACUGCAAAGCAUGGAGCCUGAGGGGGAGCCAGAGCCACACCGAAGGGAGCAGGCGGAACCACAGAGCCCAGUACCCCGGGGAGCUGUGGGGGUAUCAGGGGAGGAGCAUAACAGGAGAGACGAAGGAGAGGAGAUGGGGGACCCUGCACUGGCUGCUAAAUCAGAAGAGGAUCUGGACCUGCUCUUUGCCUCGGUGGGGGAAGAGGAGAAAGAGAGCAGGUCGCCUCUCCGCUGCCCCCUGUCUGACCAGGACCUGGCCCUCUUUGACCCCUUCAUCAAGGAAGAGCAAUGCUCAGCCAGCCUUUCCCAGGGGGCCACGUUGGCCAUGGGAUCAGAGCUGCUCCCCGGCCAGGACAUUGAGCUGGCGGCUGAUGCCCUGUGGGAUCUGCAGAUCUCUCAGCCUGCAGAGCAGGAGACAAUACAGGAACUGGACCCCGGAGGGUACCUGGCAGUGGCCACUGAGGAGAUCACGCUGGCCUUGAAGCGAGAAGCAGCCAAAGACUACGCAGGGGCUCUCUGUGGCUACCGCAAUGGGGUGGACAUCCUGCUGAAGGGGGUGCAAGGAGACCCCGAUCCUGCCCGCCGGGAAGCGGUGAAAAAGAAGACAGCUGAGUAUCUACAUCGGGCUGAAGAGCUGGUCCAGCUGCAUCUGACCCAUCUCCAGCCAUGAGCCAGGAUCUAAGUCCCCUCCCUGCCACCAGGAUAUGGGGCUGAGCUGAGAUCUGAACCCCAAACUGCCUUUCCAAAGGGAUCUAGGGCCAACGUAUUCUCAUACUGGUGACUUAGCUACAGCCCUUCCCUCAUGUCCCUGCCAGGCUCAGAAGCAGGACUACAGGUCCCGGCUAGAAAUACACCACUCACACAGCCUCCAUGGUUUGCUUUAACACAGGGCUGUAUGGUGAAGGGUGGAAAUGUGUCUCUGCACUACUAAAGAUGUUUGUGUCUACAGCACUUCUCCAGACAGUGGGUGAUUCUUCUGCCCCCCUUGGCUUGUGCUUUGAAUAGUCAUCGGGCAGGAAGCUCCAGCUCUUUGCAAAGAUGAACAAGCCCUGGAGCCCCCACAACCACGGAGGGAGAGGUCAGUACCCCCACUUUGCAGAAAUUGAGGCACAGAGACAUGACUUGCCCAAAGUCAUAUAGGAAACUGGUGGCAAAGUUAGGAAUAGAAUCCAGCAGUCCCUCUUGUUCUAGUUUUCUAGACCUCACUCCCAUCCCAGAGCACAGAAUAGAAGACAGGGGUCCUGACUCCCAGUUCCCCCUCUCCUCUCAGAGCUGGGCAUAGACCACAGGAGUCCUGGGACUUGAACAUAGAAAUGUAAUGGUCAAAGGACUUGGCUUCUCCCACAUGAGCUGAGUAAGGCUCUUCCCUCAGACAGCAGCAGGUCUUUUUAUCCUCGGUGUUGCAGCCACUAGUGGGUGACAAGGCCAACAUGCUAAAGGGAUGGAGGAACCUAUAGCAGGAAGGGAGGAGAGGAGAAUGGAAUACAGAAGAACUCCUGUGGCCCUGCUUUCCUGCUGCACGUGGGCAUGACUUGCACCGCCUGUACUCCCUCAUUUACUUAGCUGCAUGGGGUGACUGGUGUGAAAGCCUGAAGUGGGACUGCUGCUGACUCAUUCUCACAGCAGCACUGGAGCCCAAAGGGGUCUAUUGGCAGAGCCCAGCAUGUGGCCAGGGCUCUGUCCUUAGCAGGGGGCCCUGCAUCAGUCCUGUGGGGCUGGGACCCUCUCAUAUUCCCCCUGAAAGCAGGAUCAGGAUUUAACCCUCAAGCUUUCCCCUAGAGGCACAAUCGGUCAGGGCAGUGAUUGCAAGAGACCUUGCAAUAACAACAACCCAGCAUCUAUAACCACAAGGCUUGCAGGCCAUUCUGUAGCAGGCUUCUGCCAAUAACAAACCGAAGUGGACAUGAGGUUGCUUGGGUAACGGGGACUAGCGGAGAAGAGCUCAUGCUGGGUAGCUUGUGUCAGCCAAGCGCAUUGGAUACAUCAGGGGUUCUUUGCCCUCCAUUUUCCUCACAGCUCCCUGGGCACCGCUCUCUCAAAGGUGCCAGGGCUGCAAGGCACCUCCCUGCCACCUGCCCUUCGCCUGAGGGGGUCUUGUCUGUGCCUGCUGUGGAGCAGCCCCCACCUCUGGCAACACAAGGCCAGCCUCCCCUUCUCUAGAGCUCAGCCCCAGGCACACACUGACCCCCAGCUCCUCCACCUAUCGCCCUGGAGCACCCAGCCCCUGACCCACUGGGUGCACUCAGCUUUGCCAUGCCCGCAGGAGCAGCACACGCAGCAACUUCCAAGAGUCGGCUCCAGCUCCCUGCUCUGCGGAACAUCCAGCACUUAGCCAGUCAGAGUGAAAACAAACCACCUUUAUUAGCAGAGGAGAGACUCAAAUGAGGGACAGGAAGAAUAUUGGAAACCAUCUCAGUUACACAAAAAACAAAAUAAUCACAUGCCUAGACUUACUUAACUCACAAGACAUUGCCCCGUCUCCUGCAGGAUGGCUUACCCCAAGUCCCUUUCCCAGCCUUUUCAGCCAGCAUGGCUGAGAUCCCCCUUUCAUAAGCUCAAGCCCCCUGGCAGUCUGUCUUUGCAGAUUGUGGGAUGCCAGGGCUUCUUGCUGCACCCCCAGAAAUACCAGACUAAACCUUUUAGCUUUGCCUGAAAACAGGGUCCUUCCUCCACCCCCCAUUUCCCUCUUCCUGUUAACUUCCUUCUGAAGACUCCAGGAGCUCUUCAUUGGACUCAGUGCACUGGCAGACUUCGCCUGGGGGGCACACAAUGGCCCAACCAGGGAAGAUAGGUGUCUCCCACACAGCUUUGAGUGCCUUGCCUUUAACUACAAGGCCUAGAGAACACAAUUUUCAGCAUAGCCACAACUCAUGUUUUCCAUACAUCCAGCUCACAAUUAUUUUGGCGAUCAGUGUGAC